AUGGCGGCCGCAGCAAGAGCUCUCAAUCUCAUGUACCGCCUGGCUGUGCCAGCCACGGCGGGCGCAUUCCUCGUCAGCCAGUCCAUCUUCGACGUCAAGGGCGGAACAAGAGCCGUCAUCUUCGACAGGCUAUCCGGAGUGAAGGAGGAUAUCAUCAACGAGGGGACGCACUUUUUGGUGCCAUGGCUGCAGCGAAGCGUCAUCUUUGAUGUGCGUACGAAGCCGAGAAAUAUCGCCACGACUACGGGAAGCAAGGAUUUGCAAAUGGUCAGCUUGACGCUCCGUGUGCUGCACCGGCCGAAUGUCAAGGCCCUGCCCAAGAUUUACCAGAACCUCGGCGUCGACUACGAUGAGCGAGUUCUGCCCUCCAUCGGAAACGAGGUUCUGAAAGCCAUCGUCGCCCAGUUCGACGCUGCCGAACUCAUCACCCAGCGAGAAGCCGUGUCACAAAAGAUUCGCACAGAGCUCACGCGCCGCGCCGCCGAGUUCAAUAUUGCCCUCGAGGACGUGUCCAUCACCCACAUGACGUUUGGCCGGGAAUUCACAAAGGCCGUCGAGCAGAAGCAGAUUGCGCAGCAGGAUGCGGAGCGAGCUCGCUUCAUUGUCGAAAAGGCCGAGCAGGAGAGGCAGGCCAACGUCAUCCGAGCCGAGGGCGAAGCCGAGUCUGCGGAGACUAUUAGCAAGGCCAUUGCCAAGAAUGGCGACGGGCUGGUGCAGAUUCGAAAGAUUGAGGCGAGCAGGGAGAUUGCGCAGCAACUGUCGUCGAACCCCAACGUGGCGUAUUUGCCCACGGGGAAGUCGGGUAAUGGAGGACAGUAUCUGCUCUCUGUUGGACGGGCUUAG